GGCCUGCUCCGCAGUGCGGUGCACCCCCCCUCCCUCGCAAAAUGGGAUCUGCAUUUGGACCAGUCGUCAAAGUCACUGUUAGCCCCGCGGAUGCUCGCCACUCACGAUCUUAGACGGGAAUGGGGGCGGGAAUGGCGCCGAUCAAUGCAGGGACAUGCUGGUGCUCUUGGUUGGUGCGCGGACUGCGAGCGCAAGAGCGGAGCCUUGGACUUGCUUUUUUUUUCGCCCUCAACCUUGCCUGCUUACCAGGCUCAUUUCCUGGCUGGCUUGAGCUUCGCAGCUUGUUGGGGCACGCCUCACUUCGAGGGUGAGGGAAAAAACGAAGAAGAUCACCCCAGCGAUUAAUAAAAACAAAAAUAGAAGGAAAAAAAAAAAGCAACCAGAGUUUCACUGCCGAAGCGCCUGGAUGUCGAGAAGAGAAUAGAUCUCAAUAUUCCCGGCGUGACAAGUGGGCCGCGCAGGCAAAAUUCUGCGGCCGUUGCUCGGGCUAGCGACAGGCUUCCCUC